UUACGGAUUGAAUGUCAACUCGAGAUGGCGUUGAGUUGUGCCCAUUUGAGCGAGUACAAGACCUCCCGCGGUCUCAAACCCUUUCAAACAAUAUACUUCUAUUUUUUCUCGUGCUCAACGUCUAGAGCUCGAGCCGUGAAGGCGGAAUAUUGGAAGUGUAUGUCGUGCGAUUCUUGCGCCCCCAGACUGCACUGUUGCCUCUAUUGUGUUCAUUUUGCUUGCAACGUUCACAAACACAUACACAAACAUUUUGCCGAGUCGGAACACGGGCUGGCGGUGGAUUUAACGGUCGGGAGUGUAUACUGUUUUCUCUGCAAAAAGUUUGUGUAUGACACUGACGUGGAGUCUGUAGCGAGAGCGAAGGCGGACGAAGCAUGGAGACGGACGGGGUUAGGUGGGAUACAACACAUCUAUUGGGAGCCAACAAAAGAAGAGUUAGACUUAUUAAGAAAGUAUUCCAAACGAAGGAAAGUUUCAAGCAUGUCAACAUUAGGUCUUCGUGGGUUGCACAAUUUGGGCAAUACUUGUUUCAUGAAUUGUAUUAUUCAGGCUUUGGUACACAGUCCCAUGUUGAGAAAUUACUUUCUGGCCGAUCUACACGUGUGUCACAUGUCGACUGAUAAGCAAAAUAAGAGUCAAUGUCUUGUGUGUGAAUUGUCGGUAUUAUUCCAAGAAUUCUACAAUGGAGAAUGUUCACCAUAUAUCCCCUAUCGAUUUCUUCAUUUAGUCUGGCAGAAUGCCAGACAUCUUGCGGGCUAUGAACAACAAGAUGCACAUGAAUUUUUAAUGGCUGCUCUUGAUAUCCUUCACCAACACAGCAGGAAUGGAGUCAAUGGUAUUUCUAAUGGGGAAGGCGAAGGCUCAAGCGAGAGCAUUAUUGAAUGCCUUUGUACUGGAGAUCUUCAAUCGGACGUUAUAUGUCAGCAGUGUCGAUCUGUAUCUACCACAGUGGAUCCAUUCUGGGAUAUCUCUCUCGACUUGGGUAACAUUCCAGUGGUUAGCAGGAACGUAAGCAAAAUGACAGCGACCGCCACCAUUUCUUCUCCAACCAAAAGCAGCCCAACACCAUUUGCGUUUGGGUCUUCAGCAUCCAGUGGAAAGUGUUCAGUGUCCGCCCCUCCUGUGCUGUCGCCUACCAGUCGAAUUCCAAACACGUUGCUAGAGUGUCUGGAACGGUUCACUCACCCUGAAAGGCUUGGUAGUGAAGCACUGAUAAAGUGCAGAACGUGUGGAACGUACCAGGAGUCAACGAAGCAGCUUACGAUGAAGAAAGUACCGACUGUUGUCUGUUUUCAUUUUAAGCGCUUUGAACAUGGGAAGACAUCUAGAAAAAUCUCCAGAUUCAUACUAUUUCCUCUCGAAAUUGACAUGACUCCUUUCAUGUCUCCAAGUAGGGAUGCUGAUACAAAGUGUACGUUACAUGACAAUCACAACAGAUAUUCUCUCUUUGCUGUCGUGAAUCACAGCGGCACUAUGGAUACCGGUCAUUACACAUGCUACGUUCGUCACAACAAAGACCAGUGGUAUAAAUGUGAUGAUCCGUGGAUUACCAAAGCAAACACAUCCGAUGUGCUUCACAGUGAAGCUUAUCUACUUUUCUACCACAAGAAAAUUCUUGAGUACGAGUAAACAAAAACAAAACAAAAACGUAUAACAAAGACUUAAGUUGAUGACUGUUGUUGAACGUUGUGUACAAUCUGCAUGCAUUCUAGUACGUCACGUGGUGAUAUCAAGUGGAAAUCGCAUGCACUGGCUAGAUGCAGAGCUAAA